AUGUCUACGACUCCAUCGCCGGUGUUCUUUAUUGGAACAAUCCCUAUAACUACAACGGGACUGCCUUGGUAUUGGAAAAAACCAGCCAUGUCUACGAUUCCGUCGCCGGUGUUCUUCUCUGAUGAUCUCCUCGUCGAGAUCCUUUCAUUACUUUCUGUGAAAUCUCUCCUUCGAUUCAGAUGCGUAAGUAAGUCUUGGAACGCUCUAAUUUCUGAUCCCUUUUUUGUGAAAUUCCAUCUCAAGAGAUCAAAAUCACAAAAUCAACACCUCACACUAGUCACUUUUCACGUCAAAUUUAUCAAAGUAGUCACUACUCACAACAGAUAUAGCGAAAGAUAUUACACUUAUGAUAGUUACGAUAGACUUGAGGUUGAUGAAAAUGAUUACAGUUUCAUUCCAUAUCCUAUAUCUUGUUUACUCGAUAACCUGUCGAUUACCCUUGUUGCUGAUCCUCACUCUCUAUUGAAGUUAAACGAUUUUGCUAAUAUAGUUGGUUCUUGCAACGGAUUGAUUUGUUUGACUAAUAAACAUCCCAUUGAUGCUUCAUGUUACGAAUACCGGUUCCGUUUAUGGAACCCGGCCACUAGGAAAAUAUCUCAAAUAAUUGGGUCUUUUCGUGAUGUAAACGGUUUCAUCUUCAAUUUUGGUUGUGAUAAUUCCACUGGCACUUUUAAAGUGGUUGCGUCAUGUUAA